UUCAAGCAACCCUAAAAUCUCGCGGUGCUACCAUUCAGACAUCUUGCAUUUCACUAAAUCUGGUCUUGGAGAACAUUUUCAUUAAAAAUACACUAUAUAUACACCGCACAGAAACAGGCUGUUUUAGUCGUUUGAACGAGGAUUAGUUUUUCUCCGGAUGUGAGGCGGUUGGACCGAGCCUCGCGUGCUAAUCCCGCGGAGUUUAGACGGUCUCUCACGGGGGCUCUUUAGCCGUAUUGUGCGUCAUCUCCAUCGCUCGCUGCCGUUUUGUUAUUUUUCUCCAUUGAGGAAACAUGGCAACUCCCGCCGCUGUCAACCCGUCCGAGAUGGGCAGUGAGUUGCCAGGGACAGUAGCCAUGCCUGGGGCCGUUGGAGCCAGUCAGGUGAGGAUGGGCGGGACUGUGCCAGGCCGCGGGGGCAAGAGGAGAUCAGGAGGAAUGGACUUUGACGACGAAGACGGAGAGGGACCUAGCAAAUUUUCAAGGUAUGAUGAUGAUGAUCAGAUUCCUGGUGGGGGAAAGGAGAGAUACGCCAGAGAGAACCACAGUGAGAUUGAGCGACGCCGGCGCAACAAAAUGACCCAGUACAUCACCGAGCUGUCGGACAUGGUCCCUACCUGCAGCGCGCUGGCCCGGAAACCGGAUAAACUGACCAUCCUGCGUAUGGCUGUCUCCCAUAUGAAAUCCAUGAGGGGCACCGGCAACACGUCCACCGAUGGCGCCUACAAGCCCUCCUUUCUCACUGAACAGGAACUGAAGCAUCUGAUCCUGGAGGCGGCGGACGGCUUCCUGUUUGUGGUUGCUGCGGAGACGGGACGGGUGAUCUACGUGUCGGACUCGGUGACGCCGGUGCUGAACCAUCCCCAGUCGGAGUGGUUUGGCAGCACUCUUUAUGAACAGGUCCACCCCGACGACGUGGACAAGCUGAGGGAACAGCUCAGUACUUCAGAAAACUCCAUGACAGGACGGAUUCUGGACCUGAAGACAGGAACAGUGAAGAAGGAGGGACAGCAGUCCUCCAUGAGGAUGUGCAUGGGGUCCCGGCGCUCCUUCAUCUGCCGCAUGAGGUGCGGUAGUGCUCCUCUGGAUCACAUCUCCCUAAACCGUCUGUCUACCAUGAGGAAGAGAUACAGGAAUGGCCUUGGACCCUCAAAAGAAGGAGAGGCUCAGUACUCUGUGGUGCAUUGCACUGGCUACAUCAAAGCAUGGCCUCCUGCAGGUAUGACUAUACCAGAAGAAGACACAGAGGCGGGUCAGACUGGAAAAUACUGCCUGGUGGCCAUUGGAAGACUGCAGGUGACCAGCUCUCCAGUCUCUAUGGACAUGAACGGUCUGUCAGUGCCUACAGAGUUCCUGUCACGUCACAACUCGGAUGGUGUCAUCACUUUCGUCGACCCGCGCUGCAUCAACGUCAUUGGUUACCAGCCUCAGGACUUGCUGGGGAAAGAUAUCCUGGAGUUCUGCCAUCCCGAGGACCAGAGUCACCUGAGGGAAAGUUUCCAACAGGUGGUGAAGUUGAAGGGUCAGGUUCUGUCUGUGAUGUACCGUUUCCGCAUGAAGAACAGGGAAUGGAUGCUGAUCCGAACCAGCAGCUUCACCUUCCAGAACCCAUACUCUGAUGAGAUAGAGUACAUCAUCUGCACCAACACCAACGUCAAGCAGCUACAACAGCAGCAGCAGGCAGAGCUGGAGGUUCACCAGAGGGAUGGACUGACUGCCUACGAUCUUUCCCAGGUGCCUGUGGCCAGCGUCAGCAGCGGAGUCCAUGAGGCCGGGAAGAACAUCGACAAGACAGAAAUCCUGUUCUCCCAGGAGAGAGACCCACGCUUUGCUGAGAUGUACACUGGCAUCUCUGGCUCGGGAGAUAAGAAGAUGAUGGUUCCCUCCUCUACAGCUGGAGGCCAGCAGCUCUACUCACAGAGCUCUCCCUUCCAGCAGGGACAUGCUGGCAAAAGCUUCAGUUCCUCUGUGAUCCAUGUCCCCGGUGUGAAUGACAUCCAGCCAUCAGGCUCAUCCAAUCAGAAUCUAGCUCAGAUCUCCAGACAGCUCAAUCCCGGCCAGGUGGCAUGGUCAGGCAACCGACCCCCCUUCUCUGGACAGCCCAGUAAAGCCCAGUCCAGUCCCUUUGGUAUUGGUUCUGGUCACAGCUACCAGACAGACCCGGCCUCAUACAGUCCCCUGUCAUCCCCGGCCACUUCCUCCCCCAGCGGCAACGCCUACUCAGGACUGACAAACCGCAGCACAGCUUUUGAUGUGUCGGGGGAGAGCAGUCAGAGUGGAGCCCAGUUCCAGGGGCGUCCCAGUGAGGUCUGGUCCCAGUGGCAGAACCAGCAUCACUCACAGCAGGCCGGGGAACAGCACACACACCCCAACCCCAGCCAGACAGAAGUCUUCCAGGACAUGUUACCGAUGGCUGGCGAUCCUACCCAGGGAACAGCCAACUACAACAUUGAGGACUUUGCCGACCUCGGCAUGUUCCCACCCUUCUCUGAGUAAAGAAAAAAAACCUUUUCUCCAUCACUCUCCCUCUCAGAACUGGACUGAUGUUUGCAUUCAUCUGUCAUGUUGUUUUCAUUUUUCUAAUAUUGCUGGAUCGCCAACACACAGCUGAUGUGAUGUCUGUCUACACGUGUCAUACACAACACACAGUUCACUCACCGUUUGGGCUCCGCGGCCUGCAGUAUUUAUCUGUGAACUUACACAUACCUCAUCUUUGUAAAGAGGAACCCUGCUGACAGAUGGAAGGCACACCAAUCAACCUGGAUCAGCUCUCUGACUGUCAUUACAAUGAUACACACAUCGUCUCGAGCUCUUAGAACAAACGGGACAUUCAGGUUGCUGAAAUUGUUCACUGCAUUCAGCGCCAGCAUGACCAGAGGAGGGCAGUCACGUGAUUGUAGCUCUUUUGACUCUAAUGAAACACUAGUCAUCUAAUAAAGUUUGUUGCCUCAUGGCCGUGUGCUCCAGAAUACAUUGGACCAAAUCUCUGAAGUCUUUCCUGACCAGAUUGCCGUUCUCUGAGCGUACCGGACAGGUUUCUCUGUGAGGCGGUUGAAGUGUGUUAAACCUCUUCCUUCAUGUGAUUAUAGCUGUAUUUGUCAGAGACUAGUAUCAGUAUUAUUAUUCAAGAUUUUACACUUCCUCUCUCUAAAAAUGUCCACAUGGUAGCGCUAUGGCAAUAUGGAACAAAUCAGAUAUCAAGAUAUUUUUUAACAAAUAACCUCAAGGUCGAUAUUGCAGCGAUAUUAUAGGGUUGACUAUUGGUCACUAUUGCAGCCUUUAAAACCAGGAAAAGACAUCACUUGUGUCACGAUAUCCGAAAUCUAAGAUGAUAUCGAGUCUCAUAUAUCGAUGUCAAUAUAAUAUCGGCACCAUUUGUGUCAGCGGUUCAUGUCUGCAAGCAUCAACGCAGAUGACCAAAAUUUAGGACUAUGCCAAUUGCACAUACACUACACCCAAUGUUCCGUAUACGUACUGUCUUUCAGCGCACCUCAGCACUGCUCUGUUGUUGAAUGCUAAACAAGCAAGUUUGUGUGCAAGCUCUCCGGGGGAAUAUCCAUUGAUUGGUUUUUUGGACCAAUGGUUUUGGAGAAAAGUGGGGGAAAGUAACGCCUCCGCCUUUAACGCGAAGUCCAAAGGCACAAUGGUGUUCCAUACAAAGUGUAUCAACGGCGCAAAUUGUUUGAUCUGUUAAAUAAUGAAAAUUCAGUGUUAAAAUAGUCCAUCCAUCCAUCUACGUCCGCAUCUUCGAGCAGAGGCAAUGCUGCCGCAUCUUUAAUAAUUAAGACCCGGGACUGUUUAAUAAUGGUUUACGGUAGGCCCACACAGAAAUGUGCACAAAAAAUAUUAGGCUAAUGGGUCUAGUAGUAGGCUAUGCAAGAUUAGCUGUGGACAGGCAAUUGAGUUACUUAAUUAAUAAAAUAAUGCGUUAGACAACUAGUUACUGCCUAGUUGCUUUAACACGUUUGUCUCCACACUUAUCAGUCAUUCUGCUGUCAACAACAAAGGGACAUUCUCUGUCAAGCUGGGUUAAAGCUAGGUUUAUGGUCGCUGCGGUGUUCACAGCGCGAGGUGCGCAAGCCAUGAAAUGACGUCUCCGCAAGUUGUCGUGGCGCGUGGUCGUGCACCUCUGAACGUUUCAGGCAGUACGCUACAGGGUGACUGCUCCUCAACUGCUGCAGAGCAUUAACAGUUAGUACAGUCCAUGUCAUCUUAAGGUAGUAGCCCAGAGAGUCUCUGCUGCAGCCGGUCUGUUCCGGAUCAAGUUGUUUCAUGCAGGCCUUUUUGAUAGGAUUAGUUAAGCUAAUGUUGUUGGACAACUGAAACACGCUGCAGUAAAUUUGACCUAAAUUGUAAUAUCUUGAUUUUACAGUAAUAUGUUAUUAUAUCAUUUAACAUGUCACUCUUAAGCCCUAUUCGCACGGGAUAAGUAUUACCUGGGGACCUCUUGUAGUUUAUAAAUUACCCCCACACGUCUGUAUUUCGUCUGGCGCAUUCACACGGGAUAACUGAAGU